AUGUCAUUAAUAAAUGAUGAAUCAAAAAUGAUUCCAAUAUCAAUUCAAAGAUCAUCAACAUUGGAAAAUGAUUUAAAACAAAAUUCUAUUAAUCUAAUAGUAAAUGAAUCGUAUGAUGAAAAUGAUUCCGAAUAUGAAGAUGUGGAAAGUGAAGAAGAAUCUAAUGAAAUAAAAAAAAUAUCCGUAUUAACGUCUAUUUCAAAUAAAGAUUCUUCUAAAACAUUUAUGGAUGAAGAUGAAUUACAUCUAAAGGUUAAACCUCGACGUCUAAAUAGAAAACGACAAGAAGACGAACAUUCAGAAGGUUAUGAAGAUGAUAAUGAUAAUCAAAAUGUACCGAAUAUCGUUCGUGAUAUGAAAAAAUCUGAUAAAAAUAAGGAAAUACUCGAUGAUGAUAAUAAUACUCAAAGUCCGGCUUAUAUUCCACGUAAAGGAGAAUUUUAUGAACAUGAUGAUCGAACAUUGGAUGAAAAAGAUCGAUCAAAACAAGAAAUAUCAAAAAAUGAUAAUCGAUUAUACAGAGAUUCAGAUGCUAAAUGGCAACAUGAUCUGUAUUUUCGAGAUGAAAAAUUAUUAAAAUUUCAAUCUUCAUCAUAUAAACAAGAUCGUAAUCAUUUCGAACAUAGUAAUAAUGAUGAUCGAGAACAACUUCAUUUAAAUGAUUACAUAUCUCGAGCUCAAAAAGGACAUAGUGGUUAUAAUCAACAACGAUUUUAUAAUGAUUAUCGUCAACGAGUACCACAAAAAAAUUUUAAUCAUUCAUAUAAUAUUCGAAAGGAUGAUUUCGAUGUUAAAGAUUAUGGUCCCUCAUUAUCAAAUAAUCAUAAUGGUGCUUCUAAUAGAAAUAUAAAUACUUAUGAAAAACCACAAACAACAUUUCGUCAACAACAACAACAACAACAACAACAGAAUAAUUAUAAUCCAUAUAAAAUUGAUGAACGAAUAUUUCAUCGUCGAAGAAAUUUUACGAAUAGCCAAAUUCAACAACAAGAUAAUGUAUCAAAACUUCAUAAUAAUAAUAAUAAUAAUCCUAAUCGAAAUAUUCCAAGACGAUUCGAUGAAAAAUCUAAUGAAAAUAAUCAAUUCAAGAAAAACUAUGAAUAUUUUAAUAAAAGUGGAAAAAAUCAACAUGAAAGUCAAAAUUUAAAAAGAUUUGAGUUCUAUGAAAAUAAGAAUAAUUUACCACCUCGUCUUCAAGUAAUUUAUAAUAAACGAGAUCUAAUCCAAAAACAACAAUAUCAACAAAAUCCAACUUCAAAUAUUUCAACUGAUAUAUCGAAUAUUGAACGUCCUAAACGAUAUUCAAACAUGCGUAAUACUAUGACAAAUUCAAUUGAACAACAACAACAAAUGCUAUCAUCAAAAAUACAACAUUAUCAAGAUCAACGUUCUAAUAAUAUUGAACUAAAUGAUUGGCCACAAGCACCACCACCUCCAACAUCAUAUCUUCCUCAACAAAACACAACAUCUCAAAUAUUUUACCAACAACAACAUGCACAACACAUUCCAAGAAACUAUUCACCAGCAUCUAUUUCACAGAAGGAUGAAAAAAAUGAAAUUCUUGCAAUUAGUGGUUGGUUAGUUUUUGAAUGGUUUGAUUAUAAUUUACGAUGGAAACCAGAAGAUUAUGGAGGUAUUCAAUCAAUUCGUCUACCAAGUACACGUGUAUGGACGCCAGAUGUUGUUCUUUACAAUAGUGCAAGUGAAAAUUUCGAAGGUACAAUGAAAACAAAUUUAGUUGUACAAUCUAAUGGUACCAUAUUAUUUGUUCCACCUGGUGUUAAUUUGACUACUAAUAGUGAUACAGGUCAAUUAGAUGCAUAUGUUAAAAAUGCUGAAUGGGAUUUAGAAGCUUUUAUUGCAAUACGAAAAGCAUUCGUCUAUGAAUGUUGCCCAACUGUAUAUCCAUUUGUUCUUUUUACUAUUCAAAUACGUCGACGUACACUUUAUUAUGUAGUGAAUGUUGUUGUACCCUGUGUUCUCAUUAGUUUUAUGAUUGUACUUGGCUUUCUUCUUCCGCCGGACAGUGGUGAAAAACUAACAUUACAAAUAACCAUACUUCUUUCGAUUGUCAUGUUCAGUUUAUUAAUCUCAGGCAUUAUACCUGCAAGUUCAACAGCAUUACCAACAAUUGUUAUGUAUUUUGCAACUGUUAUGUGUUUGUGUACAAUGUCAGUAAUUGCUACUGUUUUCGUACUUGUACUACAUCAUCGUAAUGCUAAAAGUCAUACAAUGCCUAUGUGGGUUAAAAUAUAUGUUAAUCAAUAUCUUGCAUGGUUUUUAUGUAUGAGUCGCCCAGAACAUGAUUUAAGUUGGCGAGCAAUCCGUUCUCAUCAUCAGCGUACAAUGGGACGACAAAAUAGUAUAACAAGUGAUCAAAGAUGUGCAGCAACACCAUUAUUAGCUAAUUCAUCAAAAUCUUUAUUAGCUAACGUAACUGGUAGCGAAGAUCAAACAUAUAUUAAUACAAGUAAUACAUUACCAACUAAUGUCACAAAUCAUAUUGUUCCACGUCAACAACCUAAAUGUAAAAAUCCUCAUCAUCAUCAUGAUCCAAAUGAAAUAUUACUACCACGUGAUAUGCGUGUAUUUCGUUCUGAAAUGCGUGCAAUUAUAUCUGAACUUCGAAUACUUACAGAUCAUGUUAAAAAAGAAGAAGAUGAAGAUGAUAUAUCACAAGAUUGGAAAUUUUCAGCUAUGGUUCUUGAUCGUUUAUGUCUUAUUGUAUUUACUAUAUUGACAACAUUGUUAAGUUAUGCAACACUUUUUUCUGCAAAAAAUUUUUUCAAACUUAGAUAA